AUGAAAUAUUCUACCCUUGUUAGUAUUGCUGCUUUUAUUAGCUCAUCUUUAGCUGCUACUGUUCCUGAUGAACAUUAUUCAACAUUAUCACCUUCAGGUAAAAUUCCAACUGGUGCUAGUACAGAUUUCAGUGGUACUUUUGGUAUUCAAGUUGUUACUGUUGAAUCAGCUUCUGCUCUUUCUACUGAUACUGCUACUUCGACAUUGACUAGAAAUGAUAAUAAAGAUGUUAAAGCUACUCCAAUUGCUCAAAUAACUGAUGGACAAAUUCAACAUCAAACUAAUGCUCAACCAAUUGCUCAAAUUAGUGAUGGACAAAUUCAACAUCAAACAGUUAAAGCUACACCAGUUCAACAAAUAAAUGAUGGACAAAUUCAACAUCAAACUACAACUGCCCCUACUACUACUGCUGCUUCUGCUGUUAAACAAAUUAAUGAUGGACAAAUCCAACACCAAACCACUUCUACUGUUGAUAAUGUUGCUAAAGCUCAAUCUGAUGGUCAAGCAAUUGCAACUGGUUCUAACUCAAACUCAACUGCAAACAUUGAUGACAAUGAAAAUUCUUUAUCAUCAAUUCUUAAAGCUUGUUCAUCAAAAAAUAAUUUACAAAUGACUUUACAUAAUUCAGUUUUAAAAGAUACUAAUGAACGUUGGGGGAGUAUUGUUGCUAAUCAUCAAUUUCAAUUUGAUGGACCAAUUCCUCAAGCCGGAGUUAUUUAUAGUUCUGGUUGGUCAAUUAAAGAUGGUUAUUUAUAUUUAGGUGAUUCUAAUAUUUUUUAUCAAUGUUUAUCAGGAGAUUUUUAUAAUUUAUAUGAUGAAAAUGUUGCUAAACAAUGUUCAGCUGUUAAAUUAAGUGUUAUUGAAUUUGUCAAUUGUUAA